UCAGAGAUUCGUUAUCGCCAGUCAAGGUCAUGUCUACUCGCUAUUCGUAUAUAUAAGCAUAGAGAUCAUUCAGAUCCUCCUCCCAUCAGCUCUCUUUUGCCUUUAUUCCGCACGACAUCUUCAUCGCUCCCAACCCAGAGCAACUCCUUUACAUACAUUUCCCGGCCACCCUUCCUCCUACACACCCUAAAGGACCCUUCAAACCCGUCAAUCAACAUGGUCGCCAUCAAGUCCUUCGUUCUCGCCGCCGCUACCACCCUGGUCAGCUUUACCACCGCCGCACCCACUUGGACCGGCACUAGCAGUUCGCUCACGUCCAUCGUCAACGACUUGGUCUGCCCGAAGGGCUCUGUGCUCUUCAAGGCUCAUAACGAGGGAAUUGUACCCAAGACCAGCCCGAGCAAAGUCUGGGCACGAAUCGGUGACUUUUCCGACGUCGAGUGGCAAGGAUUCACCCUGCUCUCCACAACCGGCAAGCCCAACUCCCCCGGCUCCACCCGAACCUUCUCCACCCUCGGCCUAACCCUCACCGAACGUCUCAACCUCAACAUCGGUUCAUCCUCCGGGUCCACCCCUUACCUCCCUGUCUUCUACCAACAAUUCACCUUGACGGGCCAGUACGAGAUUUACGGGACGCUCGUCAGCGGAGUGCAGGAUUUCUUGAGCGUCACCGCCAAGGGCAAGGACAGCAAGAUCGAGUGGGACGUCAUCGGGUGUUCAAACAACACCGAGACGAGCGUCGCCGUCUUUUCGCAAGUUCACGGGGGGUCUAUCGAUGGGACCAUCGCUAGGUUCAGCUCGUGA